ACAAAAUGGGGUAUGAGGGAGAUUUGAACACGGAUUUUCCUCUUUGCAGUCCAAUCCCGUGACCACAUAACCACGACGCCAUGGCCACAAAAAUGGGAUCAGUGUUGAACAUGGUGAACUUAGACCGUUCACUGGUUUUUGGCAACGGAGAAAGUCAUAAGAGUUUGGCAUUCCGACACAGAAUAUCUGUGCCAAGUAUUUCACAAAUUGUAGUUCUGGUAUGCACAGCAAUGCGGAAUGUACUGAAAGACAACGAUUUGAAAGCUCCAACAACAGAAGGAAAAUGGAAGACGACUGCCGACACGUUUGACGAACUCUGGAGGACUCUUCAUUGCUUAGGUGCAAUGGAAGGGAAAUACGUUGCAUUUGCUGCAGAUCAGCAGGCUCACUUUAUUAUAAUCACAAGAAAUUUAAUAACAUUGUAAUACUAGCAGUGGCUGAUGCUAAGUAUCUGUUUUCUCUGACUGACAGUGGGUGCAAUGGACGAGUAAGCGAUGGAGGAGUCUUUUAACAAAGUACAAUAAACUCUGCACAAAGGGAAAAUUAGUUGCAAGUUCUACAAGAGAAGGUGCUAAAAAGCAGCAAUGUAUCUGUUCCAUAUGUUGUUGUGGCAGAUGACGCUUUCAGACUCCAGUCAUACGUUAUAAGGCCAUACAAAGACUUUCAAAAUGAAAAUCAGGAAAAGGCUUUCAAUUACAGAUAAUCAAGAGCAAAGAUAGUUGUUGAAAAUGCCGUUGAUAUUCUGGGCAACCGUUCCCGAAUUUUACUGAUGACUAUUAAACUUCCUGUAGACUUUUGCAUUUUACAUAACUGUUUGAUUGACGAAGCCUGCAGCACAUAUGUAUCAGCCAGGUACAUUGAAAAUACUGAGUGCUGUGCGAUAGAGGAAUUGUCACAGCGUGCUGGUGUUCUGUGGUGUAGCACUCACCAACAGAAUAGAAACAGAACUGCAAAGGAAGCAAAGGAUGUUCGGGACAGAUACUGUGAACAUUUUAAUGUAUGUGGUUUAGGCCCUUGGUAAUGGGGGUCAAUUAAGAACUUCAGUUUUUGAAUUUCAAUGUAUUUUCAAAGUAAUAAAUACAAAAUUUAUACUCUUCAGUAAUUAUCAUCCUUUACUUGUGACUCCACUAUAAUUUUCAGUAUUUUAUGUUUUGUAUUCCUUACAAGUGUUGAAU